AUGCAAGAGUUCGGAGAAUUAACGAAAAAUAAUGCUGACUCAGGUAUAAUUAAGAGUAUUCAAAGUGCCAAUAGUACUCAAAUUAUUGACAAGAUUGUUAGUAAUGAAAAAAAAUUGAAAAGAAAGAGAGAAGUUAUAGAAUCCAAUGUAAAAUCAAAAAAAUUACCACCUUUACCAUCCGAAUUUUUGGAACUUUAUCAAGAUGAUGAACGAAAAAAGUUUAAAAAAUAUUCAACAACAAUUCCUUCACCCAUAACAUCAUCAAUUCCUCAAAGUCACAAGAAUAUAGAAGGAAAUUGGGCUACCCAUGUGUAUAUGGAAGUUGUAAUACCUGACGAAUUUACAGAAUUACUUCGUAAAAUAGAAAAAAGUGUACAAAAUGUUAUUUUGGAUGAUGAUAUUUAUUCAUGCAUUGAUGAAAUUAAUGAAGAUUUACCAUUUAAAAAUUCAAAAUUACAUAUUAGUUUAUCUAGACCUAUAUUUUUAAAAUAUUUUCAAAUUGACAAAUUUUGGGAUAAGUUAAGGAAAGGAUUUGAAGAUCAAAAAAAGUUUACAUUAUCAUUCUCAGGAAUUGAAUAUUUAGUAAAUGAUGCAAAAACAAAAUCAUUUCUCACUUUGGAAGUUGGUAAAGGAAUUUAUGAGUUAAAAAAAUUAUUAGAACAUGUUAAUAAAGUAGCAAAAGAAUUUCGACAACAGGAGUUUUAUGAGUAG